AUGGUGCCCGAACAGAAGAAUGUUAUUGUCGGGCCGUUGAGCUGUCCGUCAGUACCUCUUGAGGUUACAGAAAGUAGGCUAUUGUUAAGGAGUAAACCUUUUUUUGCCCUUCGAUUGGGCGGAGGCCAUGGUCUGCAUAUUGAUUGGCGCUUAGGCCACGGAGACUCCGGCCGAAAAAGCGUUGCCCCAGAGUUCGAGGCAUUUGAGAUGCUGGGGAAUCGCGUGCUGCUGGUAUGCAAAACCGCGCCCACUCGUGAUCCCGUCAUCGAGAUUGGUGGCGAAUUUAAGGAGGAGGGCCAGCAUCAGGGAAUGAAAGCCUGGUUAACCCUCGUGAUCCGACCCAUUCAUUGUGAUCCUCUGAGAGUAUCCAAAGCCGCGUAUGCACAGUUGCCUCCCAGGAUCCUACGGCAACAGAUGACCGGCCCAGUGCUCGCGCCCCUCCCGACCCUAUUCUGCAAGGAGGAUGACUACUCGGUGCAUACAAAUGCGCCCCAGUGGAUGCCAUACUGUGUCAAGAGGAGAGAGAUCUCUGCCGGAUUUGCUACGAGGCGUCACGCCACGGAAUUCUGCACCGCACAAACCACAUUGGUUCGAGCGAGGUACAUAAGCAGGCGCCAAUAUCGAGCUGCUAACCAGGAUCAUCGAGAAGCUGCUGCGGGGCCAUGCCAUGGCAGGCUAGAACGGAGCAUCACUCGCCGCGCAGUAAGGAAGCAGUGA